GCUGUUGUUAUUAUUUUUUAAUCCAAUGUUUUACAACGUUGGGAGUACAAUACUAAUAGAGUACGUUGCAAACCCUUGUUUAGACGGGUCUUGCUAGACACGCAAGGUUAAAGUAGAUUUCGCAAUCAACAACAUUCUGUGUUUGUAAAAUGUAGCCGUUUGGGGGUGGGGUUUCAGUGUUUUCAAUGAAAUCAGGGUAAAACUGGUUCUGUUUUCGUAAUGGUCUGUUGUUUUUGUUCUAUACUAUACGGUUCGCAGAAUUGAAGACGGCCAGGUCAGCCUUUCAAGAUGGAGGUGGACGUCAGUGGUGUUUCCAGGACUAUCAUGUCCAUUCUGCCUGCCCCUACAGGAGAGAUUCCUUCUCCACCAAAAGCAGAGCCUGAAAAGCCUCGUUGCUCCAGCACACCAUGCUCACCCAUCAAGGGCACUGGGUCAGGUUAUCAGAUCCUCCACAUGGACUCCAACUACCUUGUGGGCUUCACCACCGGGGAGGAGCUUCUCAAGCUAGCUCAGAAGUGGACAAGCACCGAGAAGGCAACUGGGGAGACCGUGCCCAACCCUCGCACAAAGCAGCUGGAUUCGGGACUCCAUCGGGCCACCCGGGUUUACAAAACGAAGAGCCGUUACUACCAGCCCUAUGAUAUUCCAGCUGUCAAUGGGAGACGGAGGAGGAGGAUGCCUAGCUCAGGUGACAACUGCAUCAAGUCGCUCCCCAUGGAACCCAGCAGAGUCCUUCACGGCACUCUACCUCUCUGUCUUUUGAAGGGCAAGAGGGCCCAUUCCAAAUCCUUAGACUACCUCAACCUGGACAAAAUGAAUAUCAAGGAGCCAGCAGAUACGGAAGUCCUUCAGUACCAGCUUCAGCACCUCACCCUAAGAGGAGAGCGUGUGUUCACCAGAAACAAGACAUGAGUGGAAGAAAGAAGGCUUUAGAUAAUUGCAUUGAGAGUUUCAUGAAGCCAAGGAUAUGGCUGAUUGACCUCGUUUGGCCAGCAAUGCUGAUCAGUGAUGUAGAAUGUAUAGCAGUUAGAACGGUAUGAUGACGGAUCCUUGAAAUGGCCAUCUGUUGGUAGAGUUAAGUUGACCUGUGCCCUUUAGGAGAUCACACAGAUCACUUUUACAGAGGAAUUUGUUAAAGGACGAAAACUUUCUUAACAUGUGUGAUAAACAAAUUGAUAUAAUCAUCAUGGAUAGGAAAAAUGAAAUCCCUUAUAAUUAGCAAUACCUAUGUGCUUGAUUAUGUAACAUGUGGCUUUUGGAAAUUGUAGCUGAUAAUGGGAAUAUUUGCACAUAUUUUGACUGUAGUUUUUUGUGUUCUAUGUCUGCAUUGUUUAUUGAUUACACAAUAGACUAUAGGAAAUUAAACAGUUUACUUAGUAAUUAAUUCCCGAUCCCUCUCAAAAGGUAAAAUGGAAAAUGUUCAUGCUUAUCUCCACCUUUUGAAAUUAACAAAACAGCUUUGCUGGCCCUUCUUCUUAUACUUCUUAUUCUUGGUAACAACUGUAGGCAAAUUAACUGUUAAGAUUAUUUUACCACUACAAUCUCUAGGACUGUGUUGACUGGCUUUAGAGUAGAACAGCUUAUUGUCAAUAUGAUGCUGAGGCUAGUUAAGCAUAUCCCCUUAAAUAGACAUUUGUAACAGACCAUGUAAUAGAUUCCCCUGCAAACAAAGGUGGAGCUGGGCAAUGCUUUGAAAUAUUUAAUGUUCCAUUUGGAAAAAUGAAGUCAAUAAUUCAGAUUUUCUUUUACCAUAUAUGUUUAUUUUUGGUGUCUAAUAAUGCAGUUUGUUUAUGCUGUAAAAGAAAAUGGGUGUACUACUUGCAUUCACCUUCAUUAUAUUGUUAAAGUAAAAAAAAAAAAAAAAAAAAAAAAAAAAAAAAAAAAAUUGCAAUUAAGUGUUUAUUGACGCCAAACAGAAGACAAUGCAAAGCAUUUUUAUACAAAAUAAAGAACACCAAAUUAGACCAGUCAGAGGGCAGACCAAAAAUAUAUUUCAGGAUAUGAAGCUUCCCGUUAUUUUGCUGGUCAUUGGUACACCUCUUUGGCCAUUUUUUGUGUGAAUGAUAUGCAACCUCACAAUCAUGUAUAUGAUUUCCAGGGCUGCAACAAAGGGUACAUUUUGACCUUUGAAGGUUUGGAACACAUUACCGAAGGAAGGUUUGAACCUUCGA